AUUAUUUAUUUGAAGGUCGUUUCUAAAUAAACCAUUCAAUGCCUGCAACUGUGACGUACAUCUCCGUAGCCCCGGGCACGGCUAUCCCUGUGCGUGUAUUUGUGAACCGAAAAAAAAUUCUUCUGCUGAGUGAGGUGGCGGUAAACGAGAAAUCUAUCAUCAAGCUUUCGCUGAUCAACCUGAUCCGGCUCAGCAACUUCGAUUUGACUAAUCUUCUUCUCGAUGUUGGCUCACAGUUGAGGCGUGUUCUACUAGAAACACCUCUCGCAGAAUUGUUCCCUCAACGGAGCGUUCUGCGCCUGGUGAAAUCAGUGUCGGAAUUGUCGAACACUUGGACGUGUAAAGUGGUAGUUUCUCUAGGGUACUUGGCAGACUUGCGCUUCAAAUUGGAGCGCCUCCAAGUUCCAGCUGAUAUUCGGUUUCUUGAGGACAAAAAAAUCGAAAUUGACCAUAGAGACACCCGGGGCUCUGCCCUACUAGAGAAGAGCGUCAAGUUUGAUUUCACGAGACGCGAGCCGGCCUCGGAUGACGAGACUUCGCCCCUGGACGAUAAGAAAUCUAUCAGCUAUAAAUUACAGAAGCAGAGGCUUAUAAAUAACAAUGUCGUGGACCCUUUGGACCUCUACGUGCUACACCGUCCCAGAUCAUGAAAUCGUUGUGUGGGGCCGCACAAGCACUUGGAUUUAUCAUGGCAAAACACGAGUCAUUUGCUCGUGACUACAACUUCAUUUCUUUUCAUUUGCAUUCUUAUAUACAACUCAUAUAUAUACAACUCACCCAUAUAAAUUUCAUCAUAUUCUCAUACCACG